UCCCUGGUGCAUUUAAAAGCUGCAGGCCCCUUCGACUAGCCUUGCUUCGUCGACUCGCUUGCCUGACAUUUCCCCGCUGAUCACAGACACCAUGUUUGGGACCCUCUGCCUUCUCGUCAGCGCUCUGACUUAUGGUGAUGCAGCCAAGGUGGUUACCCAGACACCGGCGGUCCUGACAGUUCCUGAAGGACAACAAGUUCUUUUUGACUGCAACAUUCAGAGGGAUGACAACUAUCUUGUCAAUUUUUAUAAACAAAUACCUGGCGACGCUCCAGAGUUUAUUCUGUAUUAUUACCGUACGCAGUCCUCGCCUACCUUUGGAGCACAAUUCCAAUCCUCCUCAAGUCGCUUUGAUGUUAAAACGUCCUCUCCUGUAAACUACCAGUUCAUCAUUAAGCAGGCAAAGUCAGGAGACUCUGCUGAGUAUUAUUGUAGCACAUGGGACGACACUGCUCAGGGACUUGUAGUCUUCGGAGGAGGAACCAAGGUGUUUGUGACAAGCGCUGACCUCCCUGCCCCCGUGGUGACAGUCUUUCCCCCGGCCAGCGCCGAGCUCCAGUCCGAAAAGGCCACCCUGGUCUGUGUGGCCACACAGUCGUCCCCAUAUGCAGACGUCACAUGGCUGACUCGUGGCCUUCCGGUGAGCGGCGCCGUCAAGACCGGCCCCGCCAUGCGACAAGCGGACCAAACUUACACAAUCAGCAGUUAUUUGACCGUGGAGACAUCCAACUGGAAUGCGGACGCCACUUACACCUGUAAAGUGUCUUUGGGCUCCAAGUCUGCUGAAAACACCAUCAGAAAGUCAACGUGUGCGACCUAGAUGGUCAACAUUUACGUUGUGUGGGCUAAUCAGGCCAUAGCAAUGAUGUAUUUGCAUGCUUGGAGGGAUCUUUUCUUUCAACUUUAUACUUGCUAGCUUAGAAUUCUUCAAUAAAAAAUUGUCAUCAAA